CGUCUGAUUUGCAUAACUAAAAGGGGCGGGGCCUAUAUAAAGGCUUAGUGACGUCAUACACAGGCAUAUUAAAGGGCUGCACAGGAGCGUCAGGUCAGUCUACCGGAGUGUCUCCUAGAGAACGCGUCUCAGUAGAGGAAAGGUUUUACAUACGCCGAUAGCUUAUCUACACACACAUAUUAAUCAUUUUUAAGGCAUUUAAACCACAGAAAAAGCAUUAAUGGAUACCAUAACUUUCCAGGAAGAAAUUAACAGGCUGAACAACCUUUUGACCAAAGAAAAACAAGAGAAGGAACAUUUUUUUGAAACUAUCAAAAAAAUGGGUCGAGCUUCACAAGUGCUCAUUAAGGCUUUUGAGGACGAACAAAAGUCCCACAAGGAAACCAAGAAGAAUUAUGAGGAGACUGCUGAAAAACUGAAAGCGAAAGACUGUCUCAUAGUUUCUCUUCAGGAGGGCAUUGCGGCAGCAGAAGCGAAGGUUUUAGCCGCUGAACAACUGGCAAACCAUUACGAACAGAGGUUUGCUGAAGCACAAAAGGCUCAGCAAGAAACACGAAGGUCGUACAGUGAAACUGUGAACACUUUGAUUGAAAACAACGAUUGUCUGAAGGUUUCAUUGAAGGAACUGAGUGAAUCAAAUCAAACCAGUGAUCUCAGUCCAAAGCAAGUGGAAGAGAUUUUUCAGCGUGGAUUAGAAAAAGCAAAAAGCUCUGAAGUAGAGCCGAGAGACUUAAUCAUUAGUAAUCUGCAAUCUCAGAACAAAGCGCUCUGCGUUCAGAUUCAGCACAGCACAUCUGACAUUAGAAAGUGCCUCGACGAAACACGAACGGGUGUUGUGAGAGAUCUGCAGGAGCUGAAUGCUUUCUGUGUGGGCCUUGAAGAAAAAUAUCAACGUGGGAUUGCAAGCUGCAAGCAGCAGGUCGAAUUUCUAGAGCGGGAAUUAGAAAAAGAGAAAGCAUCUCACGCGGACACGUGGGAAACAAAGCAACAUAUUAUUCUCACUAUUCAGGCGGAGAAAGAUGAGAUGGAACGGCAGUAUGGAGAAGAGAAACGUCAAUUUGAAAAGAAUCUCGAACAGAAAGACGUUUUAUAUCAAAACCUCGAAGCUGAGCUUUCACACGUCAAACAGCUGAUGGAAAAUUUAAACCAGGAGUUAGAAGAGGAAAUACAACUGCGUAAAGAAAGAGAAGACAUUAUUUUUACGAUUCAGGCAGAGAAAGAAGAUCUCUGUUCCCAAAUGCAGCAACAGACAUCUGAUCUAAACAGGUUGUACGACGAAACAGAGAGCCAUUUUAAAAGGGAACUCGAGCAGAAAGACGUUUUAUAUCAGAGCCUCGAACUAAAGUAUAAAAGUGAGCUUUCAGAGAGCCGUCAGCUGACAGAAAAUGUUCAGCAGGAGUUAGAAAGAGAACGACAAAAUCAUUUAGACACACGCCAGGAAAAACUAGAUAUUAUUCACACUGUUCAGGCAGAGAAAGACGCGCUCCGUCUUCAAAUGAUUAAGGAUGCCGAUGAGAUGGAACGGCAGUUUGGAGAAGAAAAACGUCAAUUUCAAAAGGAUCUCGAGCAGAAAGACGUUUUAUAUCAAAACCUUGAAGAUAAAUAUAGAGCAGAGCUUUCAGAGAGCCGUCAGCAAGUAGAACAUUUACACCGGGAAUUAGAGAAAGAAGUGAAAGCUCGUAAAGAAAACGAGGAAAUGGUUUUUAUUGUUCAGACUGAAAAAGUAGAGCUUUAUAAUGAGAUGGCGGACAAAGCACGAGCUAUGGAAAGACAGUUUGAAACAGAAAAGAGGAAUUUUAUGGAAGAGCUGGAGAAGAAAGACGUUUCAUAUCAGGACCUCGAGAAAAAGUAUAAAACCGAGCUUUUUAAUAGUAAACGGCAGAUAGAAAGUUUACAACAGGAGAUGGAAAAAGAACGAGAAGAAGCAGCACAAACUAUUUUAACUAUUCAGUCUAAAAAAGAAGCGCUUUGCCUCCUGAUGGCACAGACUACAGAUGCUUUCGAAAAGCAGUUUGUCAUAGAAAAGAGCAAAUUUCAGAAAGAUUUGGACGAAAGAGAUGCUUCUUACCGGGACCUUAGACAAAAGUAUAUGGAGCUGUUCUUUGUAAGAGCAAGCAGCUGCUAAAUGUAUAUUGAUACCACGUUGUGCAGUGCAGUGGCGUGUCCAGGUCUUUUAAAACGGGGUGGCCCAGGUGAGGCACAACUUUGUGCAUGGGUGGCACCAAUGGCUAUGCUAUUUUUGUUUUAUCCCCAAGCCUUUUUUGGACAAUGAAAAGCCUGUUUACAGGUAAAUUAGUGUGUUGGCGCCUGGGGUGGCCACUCAGAUUCCAAGGGUGGCAUGUGCUAUCCCAGGCCACCCCCUGGACACGCCCCUGCUGCAGUGGAUGCACAUACGUUCUCACUUAGGUUGAGUCCGAUAUGCUCCCACGGCUGAGUUUAAAUGCUCAUUUGUCAUAUUUAGUUGGUUUAUUAUAGUUUUUAGAUACAUUUUUAGUUCAUUAGUUAUAAGAUCAAUAAUUAAACUGUUAGAUUUUAGUUUGUUUUUAGAUCAUUACAAAAUAAGAGCACUUCCAUCAAGGGUAACUAAAUCACGUCCCUUCCCUGACACACAUCACCACCUAGUCGUCUGUAAAAUUAAAAAAAGACCACACGAGGAUUAUGUCACAGAAAACACACCUCCUCAUCAUUUCUGUGUCUCCUUGUGCUGCGUGGGGGUUUUCUCUGGGAGCUCCAGUUCACCCCUGACCCAAAAUCCUAACAUCUUGUUACCCUGGUGGAUCUGCUCAUCUUUUCAGCAAUCAACAUUCAAACUGUAUUUUGGCAAGAGAUGCACUUAUCUAGUUACUACUGGCUCUAAUAUUGAUUAAGGGACCUGCCAGCAUCUGACAGAGCCCUUAUAUUCAUCACCAGAGCAGCAUGCCCCCCCACAGCCAACCAACACUUUUCUAAGCAAUCCGAUUCAAACAUCUUUCCUGGCGGCUCUGACAUGUUUUCAGAGCUUUGAUCGUCGUUACAAUUCAAAUAUAAAUUCAUUUUUGAGUCAAAUUUGGCCCGUUCUCCCACACAGCAGGCUUCCCAACACAGAUCAGUAGGUUUGGUGGGUUUCAGCUGGGAGCUGAUUCGUGACUCAGACUCAGCUGAUAGAACUCUGAUGCUUAAGAGGCCCACUCAGGUGUCUUCAGCUGUAUGAUGUCAUCCUUUGAUGAUGUCAGAAUUAAUUAAUUAAUUAAUUAAAUCACAUUUGAAAAAAAUGUGACAAUGAAUGAAAUGAUAAAAUGAGAAAGAAAAAAAAUAAAUAUUUAUAUAUAAUCAAAAUAAAAAAACUAUUAAACAAACAAAACACAUAAAACAUAUUUCAAAAACAAACACAUUAUAGAAACACUUUUUUUUUUAAAUCUUUUAUUUUCAUUUAUUGACAUUAAAAUAAAAAUACAAUCAGAACUAAAUUGCUGCAAGCCAAAAUGAAAAAGGGGACAGAAAGAAGAAAAACUUAUGUUGUCUGCCCCUUUUAACUAAAAUAGCAUUAAUACAAAUGAAAUAAUCAUAUGAUUCUUAAAGAAAUUGAACAAUAUAGU